AUGUCGGGACAUCCACCUGGCCACUCCCAAGGGCAACAAGGCCAUUACGACGACGGCUACGGCCACCAUCAGCAAGGAAAUUCCGAUGCAUACUACCAGGACGAGCAUCAGCAGUACUACGACCACAAUGGAGGGGGUCACUACGCCGAUCAAGGCCAUGGCGGACAUCCACAGGGAGGGGAUGGGUACUAUGACGAGUCGGGCUACUAUAACGCGGAUGCCAAUAACCCAUACCAGCAGGAGGGUGGAUACUACGAGGGUAACGAUGGGCGUGGGCACAACGGCCAAUAUCAAGACGAGUAUUACGAUGGGCAGUAUUACGAUCAAGGAGCCCACGCUGCCGGGCACCACGCCUCACAUGGUCAGGGGCAUCCGAGGCGACGUGGAGAUUCGGAGGAGGAUUCGGAGACAUUUAGCGAUUUCACCAUGAGAUCAGACAUGGCCCGAGCCGCCGAUAUGGACUACUAUGGUCGAGGUGAUGAACGCUACAACAGCUACAAUGAAAGCCAAGCCGGUGGAAAUGGCUAUCGUCCUCCCUCGUCCCAAAUCUCCUACGGCGGUAAUCGUUCGUCCGGAGCUUCCACUCCAAACUACGGCAUGGAUUACAACAAUGUCCUGCCGGCCGGCCAACGCUCCCGAGAGCCAUACCCAGCCUGGACCUCGGAUGCUCAGAUUCCUCUGUCCAAGGAAGAAGUGGAGGAUAUCUUCCUGGAUCUGACAGCCAAGUUUGGCUUCCAGCGGGACAGCAUGAGAAAUAUGUACGAUCAUUUGAUGACCCUGCUCGACUCCCGAGCUUCCCGAAUGACCCCAAACCAAGCUCUCCUGUCUCUCCACGCCGACUACAUUGGAGGAGACAAUGCCAACUAUCGAAAGUGGUACUUUGCUGCCCACCUGGACCUCGACGAUGCUGUGGGAUUCGCCAACAUGAAGUUGGGCAAGGGCAACCGUCGAACCCGGAAGGCGAGACGUGCCGCAAAGAAGAAGGCUAAUGUGGAUCCGCAGAACGAGGCUCAGACUCUGGAGCAACUCGAGGGUGAUAACAGCUUGGAGGCGGCCGAGUACAGAUGGAAGACGCGGAUGAACCGUAUGUCGCAGCACGACCGGGUCCGACAGAUCGCUCUCUACCUACUGUGCUGGGGCGAAGGCAAUCAGGUUCGCUUCAUGCCCGAGUGUGUGUGCUUCAUCUUCAAGUGUGCCGACGACUACCUCAACUCCCCUGCUUGCCAGAAUCUGGUGGAGCCAGUGGAAGAGUUCACCUUCCUCAACAACAUCAUUACCCCGCUGUACCAAUACUGCAGAGACCAAGGCUACGAGAUCCAGGAGGGAAAGUACGUUCGCCGGGAGCGAGAUCAUAGCCAGAUUAUUGGGUACGAUGAUUGCAAUCAACUCUUCUGGUACCCUGAAGGCAUCGAGCGCAUCGUCAUGGAGGAUAAGUCGCGCAUUGUGGACUUCCCCCCCGCCGAACGUUACUUGAAGCUUAAGGACGUCAACUGGAACAAGGUCUUCUUCAAGACAUACAAGGAGACCCGGUCGUGGUUCCACAUGCUGGUCAACUUCAACCGCAUCUGGGUCAUCCACAUCUGCACGUUCUGGUUCUUUACGGCCAAGAAUUCUCCUACGCUGCUCAUGAAGGGUUACGAGCAAGAGCGCAACAAUCAGCCGCCGGGAUCGGCACAAUGGUCUGCCUGCGCUUUGGCGGGUGCGGUUGCAUCUCUGCUCAUGAUCGGUGCUACCCUUGCUGAGUGGAGCUACGUUCCUCGACGAUGGGCCGGAGCGCAGCAUCUCACGAAGCGCCUCCUGUUCUUGCUCCUGGUCUUCGCACUCAAUCUCGGUCCCAGCGUGUACAUUUUCGCCUUCCCCGAUAAGCAGAAGGACCGAAUGUCCUUGAUCCUCGGAAUCGUCCAGUUCUUCAUCGCUGUCGUCACGGUCUUGUUCUUUUCGUUCAUGCCUUUGGGAGCGUUGUGGGGAAGCUACCUCACCAAGAACUCGAGACAAUACGUUGCGAGUCAGACGUUCACGGCCAGUUACCCCCGGCUGACGGGGAAUGACAUGUGGAUGUCUUACGGCCUGUGGCUCUGCGUCUUCGUCGCCAAGCUCCUCGAAUCGUACUUUUUUCUGACGCUGUCAUUCCGUGACCCGAUCAGAUACCUGUCGACGAUGAGGAUCUCGAGCUGCCAGGGAGACCAGAUCAUUGGCACUAUUCUGUGCGAGUGGCAACCCAAGAUUCUAUUAAUCCUGAUGUUCAUCACGGAUCUGUGUCUCUUCUUCCUUGACACCUUCUUGUGGUACAUCAUUCUGAACACCAUCUACUCCGUCGCGCGCUCCUUCUACCUGGGUGUUUCCAUAUGGACACCUUGGAGAAACAUCUUCUCGCGUCUACCAAAGCGUAUCUACUCCAAGGUCUUGGCCACGACCGACAUGGAAAUCAAGUACAAGCCGAAGGUCCUGAUUUCUCAAAUCUGGAAUGCCAUUGUCAUCUCCAUGUAUCGGGAGCAUCUCCUCGCCAUCGAUCACGUUCAGAAGCUGCUGUACCAUCAGGUGCCUUCCGAGCAGGAGGGAAAGCGUACUCUGCGAGCCCCCACCUUCUUUGUCUCGCAAGAGGACCACUCCUUCAAAACCGAGUUCUUCCCCAGCCAGAGCGAGGCCGAACGCCGUAUCUCCUUCUUCGCACAGUCGCUCUCCACGCCGAUCCCAGAGCCUCUGCCCGUGGACAACAUGCCAACGUUCACGGUCCUGAUUCCUCAUUAUAGCGAGAAGAUUCUGCUUUCCCUUCGUGAGAUUAUUCGGGAAGACGAACCCUACUCCCGGGUCACCCUGCUUGAGUACCUCAAGCAGCUUCACCCGCACGAGUGGGACUGCUUCGUGAAGGACACCAAGAUUCUGGCCGAUGAAACUUCUCAGUUCAACGGAGAUCAGGAGAAGAACGAGAAGGAUACUGCCAAGAGCAAGAUUGAUGACCUCCCCUUCUACUGCAUCGGCUUCAAGUCUGCUGCUCCCGAGUACACCUUACGCACCCGUAUCUGGGCCUCUCUCCGCUCGCAGACACUCUACCGCACCAUUUCUGGGUUCAUGAACUACAGCCGUGCUAUCAAGCUUCUCUACCGUGUCGAGAAUCCUGAGGUCGUCCAGAUGUUUGGCGGCAACUCUGACAAGCUCGAACGCGAAUUGGAGCGCAUGGCUCGCCGAAAGUUCAAGCUGAUUGUGUCCAUGCAGCGUUACGCCAAGUUCAAGAAGGAGGAAAUGGAGAAUACGGAGUUCCUGCUCCGGGCAUACCCCGAUCUUCAGAUUGCCUACCUAGAUGAGGAAGCCCCGCUGGUGGAGGGAGAGGAGCCCCGUUUAUACUCUGCGCUGAUCGAUGGUCAUUCUGAGAUCAUGGAGAACGGUAUGCGCCGCCCCAAAUUCCGUGUACAACUCUCGGGAAACCCAAUCCUCGGUGACGGAAAGUCUGACAAUCAAAACCACUCCAUCAUCUUCUACCGUGGAGAAUACAUCCAACUCAUCGACGCCAACCAGGAUAACUACCUCGAGGAAUGUCUCAAGAUCAGAAGUGUGCUUGCUGAAUUUGAAGAAAUGGUCACCGAGAACGUUUCACCCUACACACCCGGUGUCGAGAACAUCAAGACCGACCCUGUUGCCAUUCUCGGAGCCCGUGAAUACAUUUUCUCCGAGAAUAUCGGUAUCCUGGGAGAUGUCGCUGCUGGAAAGGAACAAACAUUCGGUACUCUCUUCGCACGCACGCUAGCAACCAUUGGGGGAAAACUGCAUUACGGACACCCUGAUUUCCUCAACGGUAUCUUCAUGACCACUCGUGGCGGUGUUUCCAAGGCUCAAAAGGGUCUACAUCUGAAUGAGGACAUUUACGCCGGUAUGACUGCUCUUUUGCGUGGAGGUCGGAUCAAGCACUGCGAGUACUAUCAGUGUGGAAAGGGCCGUGAUCUCGGGUUUGGGUCCAUCUUGAACUUCACUACCAAGAUUGGAACUGGUAUGGGGGAGCAGAUGCUCUCUCGUGAGUACUACUACCUGGGAACACAGCUUCCGCUGGAUCGAUUCCUGUCUUUCUACUACGCUCAUCCGGGUUUCCACUUGAACAACAUGUUCAUCAUGCUGUCCGUUCAAAUGUUCAUGAUCUGCUUAAUCAAUCUCGGAGCUCUUCGAAACCAGACAAUUAUGUGCAGAUACAACACCAACGUGCCCAUCACCGACCCCUUGUUCCCUACUGGUUGCGCCAACGUUCAGCCUAUCUUGGACUGGGUUUACCGCUGUAUCAUCUCCAUCUUCAUCGUUUUCUUCAUCUCCUUCGUACCACUUGUGGUUCAAGAAUUGACCGAACGCGGCUUUUGGCGCGCGGCAACACGUCUCGGAAAGCAAUUCUGCUCCUUGUCGCCGUUCUUCGAGGUGUUUGUCUGUCAGAUCUACGCCAACGCCGUUCAGCAGGAUUUGUCUUUUGGCGGCGCCCGAUAUAUUGGUACGGGCCGUGGUUUCGCAACAGCGCGUAUCCCAUUCGGAGUCCUCUACUCUCGGUUUGCGGGUCCGGCAAUCUACCUCGGUGCACGAUCCUUGAUGAUGUUGCUCUUCUCCACCUUGACAAUUUGGCAACCGGCCCUGAUCUACUUCUGGGUCACCCUCUUGGCCAUGUGUGCUUCCCCAUUCAUCUACAACCCCCAUCAGUUUGCUUGGAACGAUUUCUUCAUCGACUACCGCGACUUCCUCAGAUGGCUCUCGAGAGGUAACUCACGAUCCCACUCGUCCUCCUGGAUCGCAUUCUGUCGUUUGACUCGUACCCGAAUCACUGGAUACAAGCGCAAGGCUCUUGGCGACCCAUCCGCGAAGAUGUCUGGGGACGUUCCUAGAGUCCCAUUCACCAAUCUCUUCUUUGCCGAGAUCAUUGGACCUCUUCUCAUCGUCGCCGUCACCCUCAUCCCAUACAUCUUUAUCAACUCGCAAAUUGGUGUCACCGCGCAGACCAACCCUGACGCUGAUCCUGCUCAACUCUAUGCCACGGCAUCCUUGCUUCGUGUCGCCAUUGUCGCCUUUGCUCCCAUUGCGGUGAACGCUGGUGUGCUGGCUGCAAUGUUUGGCAUGGCUUGCUGCAUGGGGCCCGUCCUCAACGCGUGCUGCAAGAAGUUCGGAACAGUUCUUGCUGCUAUAGCCCAUGGUAUCGCGGUCGUCAUGCUCCUCGUGUUCUUUGAGGUAAUGUUCUUCCUCGAAGGAUUUGUCUUGGCCAAAGCUCUCAUGGGAAUGAUUGCUGCCACCGCCAUCCAGCGCUUCGUAUACAAGCUUAUCAUCUCCCUGGCGUUGACAAGAGAAUUCAAAUCGGACACGUCUAACAUCGCCUUCUGGACCGGAAAAUGGUACUCGAUGGGUUGGCACUCAGUCUCGCAGCCAGCAAGAGAAUUUCUCUGCAAGAUCACCGAGCUUGGAAUGUUCGCCGGAGACUUCGUUCUCGGCCACAUUCUCCUCUUCAUCAUGUUGCCUGUUCUCGCCAUUCCACACGUCGACAAGGCACACUCUGUGAUGCUCUUCUGGCUUCGUCCCAGUCGUCAAAUUCGCCCUCCAAUCUACUCCAUGAAGCAGUCCAAGCUCCGCAAGAGACGUGUUUGGAGAUAUGCAGUCCUCUACUUCACAAUGCUCAUUGUAGCUCUUGCCCUCAUCGUCGGUCCUAUUGUCGCUAGAACGAUAAUUCUGGACGGGACCGCCGGGAUGAGAAAAGAUCCCAGUAGUUUGUUCUACCUCGCCCAACCUUACGGGUUGAAUAACAACGACACGAACGGAACGACCGAGACUGGAACAGCACUUGCUGCACAGACUGCCGCUCCAACUGGCACUGGCACUGACACCGACACCGGCAACGCCAACAAAAUCAAAUUGUUCUAG